AUGCAAACUAAUUCAUUCUUCUGGACGAUAGUACCGUAGCCGGUCAUGAAAUAUAGAUGAAUUUUAAUUUUAUGGAAUUUUUUCGAUCUGGGCAGAGUGUAGGUUGUUGUUCGUGUACUUGCGAAGGUUGUGGGGAUGACUGUCUUUAGUAGGGCACAGAAGAAAAUUUUGAAGCUCAGAACGAAGUAUCCACCGAACAACCCCACCACCCCGCCUCAAAACCACAAAUUGGGACAAAAGAGAUUCCCCUAUCCGCACUAUACGCUCACCCCCAUAUCACAUUGCAAAUAUGGCACCCCAUCGUGAGGACGAGCAUGAGGAGGAGGAGGAGGAGGAAGAGAUCGAUUUCUCUGGUAAGAAAUUUUCUUCCACCCGUUCGUCCCGAAAUCCAAGACUUGCAUGAAUUCUGACAAGACCCACUUAUAUAGAUCUCAGAGAGAGGUAUGAAGUUCAGCUUGAUGAAGGACUUGAUACCUUCGUCGUUGUCGAUGGAUGCCCGAAGAUCCCGGCGGACAGCAGACCGAAGCUGAUUAAGUUUUUGUGCAAGCGUUUAGCGGAGGUUGGACGUAUCAGUCAGGACUCCGUUUUUAUGCCUCUCAACGAAGAGACAAACAUGACCGAAGGGUAAGCACUACUUGUACACUCCAUUACUCGGGUUGAAUAUUAAGGGUCAAUAGGUAUGCCUUCGUUGAAUACGACACCCCUGACCAAGCCUUGUUAGCUUGCAAGCAGCUUAACGGAAUGGCCCUCGAUAAAAAGCAUACCGUCUCUAUAAACAAACUUACUGAUAUCGAGCACUAUGGACGAGAAGGGCGCAUCAAGGAAGAGUAUGCUGAACCCGAGAUUGAGCCUUUCGUCGAGCAAGAACAUCUACGCUCUUGGCUCGGUGAUGCCAACUCCCGCGACCAGUUUAUCAUGUACCGCGGUGAAAAUGUUGGAGUCUUCUGGAAUAAGAAGAAGGAUGUACCGGAGUCCGUCGUUGACCGUGCAGGAUGGACGGAGUCAUUUGUUCAAUGGUCACCACAGGGCACUUUCUUAACAUCUGUUCACGGGCAGGGCGUUCAGCUAUGGGGCGGCCCAAGUUGGAAGAGAAUUAUGCGUUUCGCCCAUCCAAUGGUCAACUUAGUAGACUUCUCACCGAACGAAAGAUACCUGGUUACAUGGUCUAAUAAGCCUAUCUCCAUCCCCGAGAACCCACCACCAAAUUUCCCUCUAGGACCUGACGAAGAUGGGAAGAGCUUUAUCAUCUGGGAUAUCAAGACUGGAAACCUUUUGCGAUCCUUCACCUCUGUCGAGGUAACCGGUGAGCGUGAUGCCGAAUUAUUCGAGAAAUCCCGUAAGAAAGUUUCGUGGCCGGUAUUUAAAUGGUCCUCAGACGACAAAUAUGUUGCUCGCGUUGUGCCUGAGCAGUCCAUCCAGAUCUUCGAAACCCCUGGCAUGCUUUUGCUUGGAAAGAAGGCUAUCAAGAUCGAGGGUGUUGUCGAUUUCGAAUGGUCGCCAUCUAUUCCCACUGUGGAGAGAGGCAAAAAGGAGCCAGAGCAGCUGCUUUGUUACUGGACGCCCGAGAUGAACAACCAAACCGCACGUGUGGGCUUGAUGAGCAUCCCUUCGAAGGAAAUCACCCGAACACGAAAUCUUGUCAACGUGUCAGACUGUAAGCUCCAUUGGCAAUCGGAGGGAAAGUACCUUUGCGUCAAAGUUGACCGACACACAAGGACCAAGAAAUCCAUGUACACCUCCCUGGAAUUCUUCCGUGUCAAAGAAAAGAACAUUCCUGUUGAGAUCGUCGAACUAAAGCUAGUUGUCAUCAACUUUGCCUGGGAGCCUAAGGGUGAUAGGUUUGUUUUCAUUACCGUCGACGAAGCUGUCCAGGGGGCCCAGGUUGCACCCAAGACCUCGGUCCACUUCUACGCACCGGAGAAAAUCAAGAACGGCGUCGGCGAAUUUUGUUUAGUCAAGACGGUGGAAAAGAAGAACUCAAACGCCAUCUACUGGUCACCAAAGGGCCGCUUCAGUCUCAUUGCUACAGUUCACUCUCAGCAGAGCUUUGACCUCGAGUUCUGGGAUUUCGACUUCGAGGGCGAGAAGCAGAAGCAGGACAAGACGAGCAAGAAUAAGGAUCUUGCUGCCAACCUCAUGCUUAUGGGCACAUCCGAGCACUACGGUCUGACUGACGUUGAAUGGGAUCCUACCGGCCGAUACGUCGCAACUAGCGUGAGCACGUGGAAACACCUGGUAUUUCUCAGCCACCCAUACCCCACUUAAUGCCCCCUUGCUAACGAUUACAGAUGGAAAAUGGCUAUCAUCUCUGGGACUUCAAAGGUUCUCUUCUCCGCGAGGAACACAUCGAUAAGUUCAAGCAGUUCCUAUGGCGUCCCCGCCCUCCCACUAUGCUCUCCAAGGAGGAGCAGAAGCAAAUCCGCAAGAACCUCCGUGAGUACAGCAAACAGUUUGACGAAGAGGACCAAUUCGAAGCCGAGGUCGCAAACAAGGAAGUUGUCGAGGCUCGAAAGAGGAAACUUGAUGAAUGGCGUGCCUGGAGAGCAAGAAUCGAGAAGGAGGUCAGGUGGGAGCGUGUCGACCUCGGCCUCCCCGAGGACCCAGACGAGGCUCUUGGAGAAACCGCCGGUGAGGAGGAGGACAAGGUUGUCGAGGAGAUUGUCGAGGAGGUUAUCUCCGAACACGAGGAGGAGAUCGCGUAGGCUUCUCCCCCCUUCCCCCAUCCUCGCUUCUCUCCUUUUUCGAUAUUCUAGGUGAAUUGGGAGUUUCAAUAUUUUGAGAAAUUAAAAACAAUAGUCUAAACAAGUCUUCUAUACUUAAUUGAUACUGAAGCCAUUGGUGGUUCCUUUG